AUGACAGACGGAGGCCAGGACCAAACUUCUGCCCCUCCAUCCCAGGUCAACGGGGACGAUGAGGACAAGCACGCCCAAAUUGAGCUUCCACCGGCAGAUGCAACGAAGCAAAACUCGUCUACGGCUGCUCCUCUGACCAACAGCAGUGGCUGGGAUGGCAAACUACGCAUGCCUCCUCGCAACGCGGUCCUGACCAAUCCUGAGAUCUUGUCCGACCCUGAAUACUCUGAUCCUGACGCCCCUCCCGUCGACGAGAUUGAAGCCGACGAAGACCUCUUGGACGACUACCCUGUCGACACCGAGGACAUUGACCUCGUCCACUGCCGCAUUUCCUCCCUUCCCGCCCUCAGACUCGAUCGCUUCACGAACGUUCAGAGAUUAUGUCUACGUCAAAAUGCCAUCUCGUCCAUCGACCUCCCCACCAACGUACGGGCGACCCUGCAAGAGCUGGACUUCUACGACAAUCUAAUAUCCCAUAUCAAGGGUCUUGAAGACAUGCCGGCUUUGAAGAGUCUAGAUCUCUCUUUCAACAAGAUCAAGCACAUCAAGAAUGUCAAUCACCUGACCACCCUCACUGAACUAUACUUUGUGCAAAAUCGCAUCUCUAAAAUCGAGAACCUCGAGGGCCUGUCAAACCUAACCAUGAUUGAACUCGCCGCGAACCGCAUCCGCGAGAUCGAGAACCUUGACACGUUGAAAGGAUUGCGAGAGCUCUGGCUAGGCAAGAACAAAAUCACGGGAAUUAAGAACCUCUCACCUCUGACGAAUCUACGACUACUGGAUUUAAAGUCCAAUCGCCUGACUACUCUGUCCGGGCUGUCCGACCUCACAAAUCUCGAAGAGCUCUACGUGUCGCACAAUGCCAUCCCUGCCAUCCCCACCGAUGCCCUCAUUCACAACAACAAGCUGCGCGUCCUCGAUAUUUCCAACAACCAAAUCUCGCACUUGGAAAACAUCUCCCAUCUGACAGAGCUGGAAGAACUCUGGGCGAGUUCCAACAAACUGAGCGAUUUCCGUGAGGUUGAACGGGAAUUAGGAGACAAAGAGAACCUGGAAACCGUCUACUUUGAGAUGAACCCCUUGCAGUUUCAAGGCCCGGCUGUGUACAGGAAUAAAGUACGGCUGGCGCUCCCGCAGGUCAAACAGAUCGAUGCUACAUACGUCAAAGUCUAG